AUAUACACACGUAUUUAAACCAAUAAUUCUAACGAAUUUGUCAGUGUUGGGUAGCUCAGUGGGUUGGGUUGGGUUAGGGCUGGUCUUACUUUCAUCACGACCAGAUAACGAAUCUUUGUUCAAAUCGCAUAAAUUUACUUACUAUCGAUUCCUCCCAACUCUACACGGAUCGAAAAUUGGGAGCUGCAGAAUUUGAGAUUAAGGUUUAAGGUCAAGCUAAGCUCUGAUUCUGGCGCCAAACUCAGCUCAGCUGGCUUGAUUGGAACUAGGGUUUCAGGAGAACUACGAUUCGACCAAGCCAUUUGGUAGAAAGCUUAUUCUCUGCGUGUGUGUGUUGGUUUGUGAUUGGAUGGAUAUGUUUCGAGAGAACUGGAGGAAUCUCGAGCAUCUUUGAUAAUUUCGCUGAAUUGGGAUGAAUUCGGAUAUGGAUUAGCCAACGUUUUGGGUCUGAUUUUUCUGGUUUUUAUUUCUUUCGCGGGAACAUAACUGGAAAAAUUCAAAGUCGAAGGUAAUUCAACUAGAUCGGACACAAGAAAUUCACUUACUCUUAAAAGGAAUGGCAACUCCUGUGGAGCCUCCAAAUGGGAUUAGAACCCCAGGAAAGCAUUACUACUCCAUGUGGCAAACCUUGUUUGAACUUGACACAAAGUAUGUGCCCAUCAAGCCAAUUGGUCGGGGAGCUUACGGUAUCGUUUGCUCUUCUGUUAAUAGAGAAACCAAUGAGAAGGUUGCAAUUAAGAAAAUACACAAUGCCUUUGAUAACCGAAUUGAUGCACUGAGAACUUUGCGAGAGUUGAAGCUGCUUCGUCAUCUUCGGCACGAAAAUGUGAUUGCUUUGAAAGAUGUCAUGAUGCCUAUCCAUAGGAAAAGUUUCAAGGAUGUCUAUCUGGUUUAUGAACUCAUGGAUACAGAUCUGCAUCAGAUUAUUAAAUCUUCUCAAGCACUUAGUAAUGACCACUGCCAGUAUUUCCUUUUUCAGUUGCUCCGAGGCCUCAGGUAUCUCCAUUCUGCAAACAUCCUCCAUCGUGACUUGAAACCUGGAAACCUUCUCAUCAAUGCAAAUUGUGAUUUAAAAAUUUGUGAUUUUGGCCUAGCACGUACUAGCAAUGGAAAAAACCAGUUCAUGACUGAGUAUGUUGUCACCCGCUGGUACCGAGCUCCUGAGCUGCUUCUCUGCUGUGACAACUAUGAUACAUCUAUUGAUGUGUGGUCAGUUGGAUGCAUCUUUGCCGAGCUUCUAGGCCGGAAGCCUAUCUUCCCAGGUUCUGAGUGUCUCAACCAGCUGAAACUGAUCAUAAACAUACUUGGGAAUCAGAGGGAGGAGGAGUUUGAAUUUAUAGACAAUCCAAAAGCAAAGAGAUUCAUUAGAUCAAUUCCUUAUUCCCCUGGAACUCCCUUUUCCCGCCUGUACCCCAAUGCUCAUCCUUUGGCAAUUGAUCUGCUGCAAAAGAUGCUUGUUUUUGAUCCGUCAAAGCGGAUCAGUGUUACUGAGGCACUCCAACACCCUUAUAUGUCCCCACUGUACGAUCCUAGUGCAAACCCUUUGGCCGAGGUUCCAAUCGAUCUUGACAUAGAUGAAGAUUUGGGAGAAGACAUGAUAAGGGAGAUGAUGUGGAAAGAAAUGCUCCAUUACCAUCCUGAAUCUGUUACUGCUAGCGCUGAGCUGUGUUCUUAGUCUUAUUAGCCAUGGAGAGGCCUUGGAUAGAAAACUCUAUUAUGAAAGUGAAAGUAGCUAUUUUUGUUUAUUUCUUUGUUUUUCUUUUUGAGUGAUCCAAGUAGCUUUUUAUUUAUCUCCAGAUCUUGAAGGUGCUGGCUGAAGUGGGCUAUGUUGUUUGUGCAUAUAAUAGCCUUUCCUUCUAUUUUUCAUAUUGAUAAGGAGCCUGAGCAUUCAAGUUAGUUGGCGUUUGUAAGCUGUAUAUAAGGGUGUUGUUCAAUGACUACGGAAACAUGUUAUGUUUGUAAAUUAGUAAAAUAUUACUGUCUAAUUUCAUAUAUUGGACUGCA